AUGCCAUCCGACUCGAAAAAAGCUCGCGAUGCGGCAAAGAAAGCAGCUUCAAAAGGACGCGGAAAGGCGCGUGACCUAAAAUCGAAACAAGAGGAAGAUGGGGCUGGGACUCCAAUUGCUGAAAAUGGAGGCACAACUCCGGAUGGUCUCGAAAAUGGAGACGAUGCUCACGAUAUGGUCAUUGAUGCAGCUGCAGCUCUAUUGGCUAAGAUUGAGCUCGAGAAUGCGAAGGCUAGAAGUGUUGCCGGGGCGUUGACUUCUAACCCGAAAUCUGUGGAUUUGAAGAUCGAAGGAUUAACAGUAACUUUCCACGGAAGGGAAAUAAUUACUGAUACAAAGUUGGAACUGAAUAUGGGCCGUCGAUAUGCAUUGAUUGGCAUCAAUGGAUCUGGAAAAUCGACGAUUAUGCAGGCCAUUUACAAUCGGGAGCUGCCAUUCCCAGAGCAUUUGGACAUGUUUAUGGUAUCCCGAGAGAUGGAGGCUUCAACAAAAACAGCUCUGCAAGCAGUUAUUGAUGUCGACGCUGAGAGGAAAAAUUUGGAGCGACAGUCCGAAGAAUUGGCUUCGUGUGAUGAUGAUGAAUCCCAACAGAAACUGAUGGAUAUUUAUGAGCGUUUGGAUGAGAUGGAUGCGGAUAUGGCUGAGGCUAAAGCCGCCAAUAUUCUUCACGGUCUCGGCUUCUCGAAGACGAUGCAGGCCAAGAAAUGCAAGGAUUUCUCGGGAGGCUGGAGAAUGAGGAUCGCUCUGGCUCGUGCUCUAUAUUUGAAGCCGUCUUUAUUGCUGCUUGACGAGCCGACGAACCAUUUGGAUCUCGAGGCUUGUGUGUGGUUGGAGGAGGAGUUGGCUCAAUACAAACGCUGUCUCCUCGUCGUCUCCCAUUCUCAAGAUUUCAUGAAUGGUGUCUGCACAAACGUCAUCCAUCUCUUCCAGCAGAAACUUGUUUACUAUUCCGGAAACUACGAUCAAUUCGUGAAAACUCGGCUUGAAUUGCUUGAAAAUCAAGUAAAACGAUACAAUUGGGAACAAUCUCAGCUUCAGCAUAUGAAGGAUUAUGUGGCUAGAUUUGGUCACGGUUCCGCAAAAUUGGCCCGACAGGCCCAGUCUAAGGAAAAGACAAUGGCAAAGAUGAUUGCUGGUGGCUUGACGGAAAAGGCUGUUACGGAUAAUGUAAAACAAUUCUAUUUCUUCGACGCCGGAGAAAUCCCGCCUCCCGUCAUUAUGGUGCAGCACGUAUCGUUCAGAUAUAACGAGAAAACGCCUUGGAUCUACCACGAUAUCGAUUUUGGAAUUGAUUUGGACACCCGUGUGGCCUUGGUAGGACCGAACGGAGCUGGAAAAUCGACGUUGUUGAAGCUCCUUUGCAACGAUGUGCUGCCCACCGACGGUCUAAUCCGUCGCCAUUCCCACUGCAAAAUCGGUCGCUACCAUCAGCAUUUGCAUGAGGAACUUCCGCUUGAUCUGUCGGCCCUUGAAUUCAUGAUGCAGGCGUUUCCGGAUGUGAAGGAGAAGGAGGAGAUGAGGAAGAUUGUCGGCAGAUAUGGGAUUACUGGACGGGAACAGGUUUGCCCGAUGAAGCAGCUCUCAGAUGGUCAGCGUUGUCGUGUAUCUUUUGCUUGGUUGGCUUGGCAACAGCCUCACCUCUUGCUCCUCGACGAACCUACCAAUCACUUGGAUAUGGAGUCCAUUGACGCCCUGGCCGAGGCUAUAAACUGCUUCGCCGGGGGGAUCUUCCUAGUUUCUCACGAUUUCCGUCUGGUUUCACAGGUGGCGGAUGAAGUGUGGGUAUGUGACGAGCAGAAGAUCACAAAAUGGGAUGGGGAUAUCAUGUCUUACAAGGAGCAUCUCAGGAAAUUGAUGGACAAGGAGAGGAAGAAGAGGGAGAAGCUCACCGAGCGU